AAAUGCGAAGCUCCCGCGCUUAAUUCCAGCUUUUUAAAAUUAGUGUUGGUGCGUAUAAUGGAGUAGGUCCCGCGGACCACUAGUGCCUCAAGCCUGUACAGAAUACUUAAUGUGGCCCGGCUCCUAGUAUUGCCAAGUAAAGUUUACUGUCUCUCGAAACUGACAGGUGUCAUGUCGCAGACGGCGAAGGGAGGACAAAACACCGGAGGACAUAUCUUCCCCCGGUCGGCUCUACUGCAGUGACUACGUCAACUUUGCCUCAGAACUGGUCUUCUGGUGGCUGAAUUGGCUUUUCUUCCUGGGUUACAAGCGGCCAAUCGAGAUAGACGACUUGGGAAGGCUGCCGAAGAGAAUGAGCGCCGAGCAUCUCCAGCAACAACUCAAGAAAGAAUUCCAAGAGGAGCAGCACAAGGCUGCGGCCAAAGGUCACCAGCCCUCUCUCGGUAAAGUCAUCUUCCGUAUCUACGGGGCAAGGAUGGCCUGGGCAGGGAUUAUAAAACUGGCCGGCGAUUUCGCCGGUCUUAUCGGCCCACUCUGCGUGUCUGGUAUAGUGUUGUACACCGCUAAUAUUUACUACAAACAAGACCCAGGCGAAAAGCUGGGUCCUCAUUUUAUUGAUGUAUCUGAGUUUAUAGCCAACGGUUUCGUCUUAAUGGGAAUCACAUUCAUCGCUGUGUCGUUCCAGUCCAUAGCAGCCCAGAUAUCACUAUUCUAUGCUAUAUUUUACGGCAUGUGUCUACGCUCAAGCAUCCAGACAAUGGUGUAUGAGAAGUCGUUAAGCCUGUCAACAUUUGCUUCGAUCGGUGAAGAAAUGACAACGGGUCAGAUCACCAACCACAUGUCGACUGACGCCAUGAAUCUGCUCUACAUGUUUCAGAAUUUUCAUUUCGUUUGGACUGUUCCUUUCGUGGUGGCUCUAGUUUUGUAUCUCUUGUACGAAGACUUGGGUGUGGCGGCACUUCUAGGAGCUGUAGUCUAUCUCAUUGUUAUUCCAUUGCAGUUAGGUAUUGCCAACUUCAUGGCAAAACAUCAGAAGAGGGCUCUGUACUUUGCUGAUAAGCGACUGAGAUACUCUAACGAGAUCCUCCAAGGCAUCAAACUCCUGAAGUCGUACGGAUGGGAGCAUCCUUAUCUUCGGGUAGUGGAGAACAUACGGAAUCAAGAACUGAUAUCGCUGCUCAAGAUGAAUGUUUCGUACGGGUUAAUCGGGUUUAUCGUUUCGUCAUCUCCCCUUGUCGUUACACUGCUGACCUUUGGGACCUACACUACCUUCACCGGUGAACUCUUGACCCCCGAGAAAGCCUUCUCCGCUUUGGCGCUUUUCAACCAGCUCUCUGCGCCCCUCUUUAUUCUUCCCCUGGUGACGGCCACCCUCGUCAACGGCAUCAUCAGCACCAGACGGCUGCAGAAGUUCUUCAUAGCCCAAGAAAUUGAGAGAAGUUGGAAUGGGCGGGACUGGAGGGAUAGGGUGGAGGGGCAGGGCCCGUCCGAUUACAACGAACAAGGAACUACCAUGGAUAUGAUAGACGAUGACGUCACGUGUGACGACGAAACAACACUCAUGCUUCCCAAGAUGGAGAUUUCAAAAAAUAAACGAUCAGACGUGUAUCAGGCGACGAAAAAUACCAAGGCUUUAAUAAACUGUUUGCCCGAAUCGGUCGCCAUUAAGAUUACAAACGGCAACUUCACCUGGGAGAAAGCGAGCAGCAUACCCGUCAUCUCGGACAUAAACGUUGACAUUCCUGCUGGUAAACUGACGAUGGUUAUAGGAUCAGUUGGUAGCGGCAAAUCGUCACUGGUUUCAGCUAUUCAGGGAGAGAUGACAACCUUAUCAGGCACCGUCCAGUUUAACGAAGGUACAACAUCCAUCGCAUACGCGGCCCAGAAAGCCUGGCUGAUCAACUCCACAUUCCAGGGAAACGUUCUGUUCGGCAAGGAGCUAGACACCAAAAAGUACAAGAAAACCAUCGAUGUGUGUGCUCUUAAGCCCGAUAUCGAAAUCCUCCCUGGUGGAGACCAGACUGAGAUAGGAGAAAAGGGAAUCAACAUGAGUGGAGGACAAAAGCAACGAAUCAGCAUCGCUAGGACAGUCUACUCCGACAAAGAAAUCAUCAUACUGGACGACCCACUAUCAGCUCUGGAUGUCCACGUAGGAUCGCAAGUCUUCCACAAGGCUAUCGUCGGGACCCUCCUCAAGAAGAAACGAACGGUUGUCUUGGUAACACAUCAACUGCAAUACUUACAUCAUGCACACAAGAUCAUUGUCAUGAAAGAUGGUGAGGUGGCCCACCAAGGCACUCUUCAAGACAUUAUAGACGAGGCUCCGGAACUUUACAGUGAGUACCAGCAAGCCAUCAAGACUGUUACGGAGUCCGAGACGGAGGCAGAGGACAUCAUGAGUAGGAUGUCUGAUGAAGAAAAGAGGGAAGUCUUCAAGAGGAAGACUAACCAAGAAUCAUCCGUUGAAUCAAGUCGCUCCAAAGCCGGCACCAAACUCAUCGAAGAGGAAGAAAUGGAGCAAGGAUCUGUGUCCUACAAAGUCUACGCAUUCUACUUUCGAGCGAUGACGUGGACGAUGUCCAUUGGUUUCCUCGCUGGAUGUGUAGGAAAUGCAGGCUUCACCGUGGGAACCAACUUCUGGCUGUCUGAAUGGUCUACUGCAGGAAUCACAACUGAUAAUUCCACUAUAAAGCCGUUAUCCUACUACAUUGCUGGCUAUGCUGGAUUGUCUGCCGGCGGGGUUGUGACUACUUUCAUCGGUUCCAUGUUUAUCGUGUCUGGAGCGUACAUCGCCUCACGUGAUCUGCACAUCUCCAUGUUUCGUAACAUCGCCAAAUGCCCCAUGAGAUUUUUUGACACAACCCCUCUCGGCCGUGUCUUGAACCGCCUGGCAGCUGAUACAAAUAUUUUGGAUAUGAAACUUUUCCAGAGCAUGAACGUCGCAGUGUACUCUUCUGUGAACUAUAUUGGUGGACUUGUGGUCAAUUCCAUCAUCCUACCAGUUUUCCUGAUCUUCGUUGUUCCAAUGAUGGUCAGUUACUACUUUCUGGCGAAGUUCUACGUCACGACGUCUAGAUCGCUUCAGAGACUCGACAGCGUGACCAAAUCGCCAGUAUUUGCUCACUUCUCAGAGACCUUGGGCGGACUGCCAACCAUUCGAGCAUACGGAGAUCAGGAUCGGUUUUACUCGACUCUCAUCAAGAAAGUAAAUGCGAACAACACGGCUUUCUUAUACCUUCAAACAUCAAACAGAUGGGCUGUCAUGCGACUGGAACUGAUUGGAGCCACUGGUAUCCUAAUUGCUGGAGUGGGGACCAUCAUCAGUUCACUCAACGGUACAAUUGAACCCAGUGAAGUUGGGUUGGCGGUUUCCUAUACGUUGUUGGUUGCCAAUUACAUGAAAUUCGCCAUCCGCCUCGCUGCUGAAACUGAGAUGCAGAUGAACGCGGUCGAACGUGUCCAAGAGUACUCGGGUAUCGCCAACGAAGACUAUCAAGGUACAGAGCCACCAGAGAGUUGGCCCCAAAGAGGAGAAAUCAAAAUGAACGGAAUCUAUGUCCGCUACGCCAAGGAACUAGAUCCAGUCAUCAAAAACCUUACGGUCACCUUCAAAUCUGGAGAAAAGGUGGGAAUUUGUGGCCGGACAGGAAGUGGAAAGUCAUCUCUAACUCUGGCCCUAUUCAGAAUCAUUGACACUUGCAGAGGCUCUAUCCUCAUUGAUGACAUCGACAUCAGCACUGUUCCCCUGACCACCUUGAGACAGCGCCUGGCCAUAAUUCCUCAGGAUCCCGUUCUGUUCAGUGGCACAGUUAGACACAAUCUUGAUCCGGAAAACAAUGGGACUGAUGAUGAAUUGUGGCACAGUCUUGAGAUCUCUCAGCUGAAGGAUACGGUCAGUCAGAUGCCCAAAGGUCUAGACUCCGAGGUCUCCGAAGGUGGAGAGAAUUUCAGUGUAGGUCAACGGCAGCUGUUCUGUCUGGCUCGUGCCUUCUUGAGACGGUCAAAGAUUCUUAUCAUGGAUGAGGCUACGGCUUCCAUUGAUAUGGGCACGGAUAAGAUUCUCCAAGAAGUUGUCGCCACCAUGUUUGCAGACUGCACUGUCUUAACUAUAGCACACCGAGUUGCCACGAUCCUGGAUUCCGACUCUAUCUUGACCCUGGCUGAUGGAGAGAUCGUUGAGUAUGACACACCGGAGAACUUACUUGCCGACCACAAUAGCAUCUUUGCUUCGUUAGUCAACUCAAAGCAGUAAAAACCUAGCAUACUGCAGCUCCGAGAACCUUAAUUUGCUUUUGCGUUUAAAUAAGGCUUUUAGAGCAGCGAACGUACGGCAACAUUUCUCUUCCAUGUUUUAUUUUCCACAGUUAAAUAAAUGAAUGCUUGAUCGGUCUUAAACAGAUCAGAUAAAUACAUGUUGGUAAUUACCUAAGCCAAAGUCAAGGGUCAUUAUCAGUGUCCAUUCUCCUGAGCCAGUCCUUAAAGGGUUUUACCACCUUUUUGCAGUUAUCUGAAAAUAUAGGCUGACGAAGUUAUUAUUGAAAAGCACACUUGGUUUAAAGAUGGUUAUGGGAUUACACUCCCUGUAAAAUUAUUUUGUUGGGCAAGCUGUCAUUUUGAAGAAACGACGCGUUUUUUUAAAUUGACGCCAGUACUUGGUUUGUAAUUCGGUGAAGAGCCCGUGAACAUAGGCGUGACGCGCAAAUGCGAAUUGUCUGAUUGGUCGGUUCAGCGCGCGACAUCGUUUAGCUACAUUUGUCCGAAUGAGAACAUAUCAUGGUAUCGAGGUUGAGUCCUUUUUUAUGGAGAGUGUGCGCGCAUGCCACGUAAGCCUCCUGUGGGAAGUAGCGCACAGCCAUCCGUUACUUUAUCACCCGAUUAAGAUGGGCCACUUGACGGAUUUUCAAUUUCACAAAUUCAUAUCAAAGAGAUCUAAAGCCCCGUUUUGAAAUUCAACGAUGUUGAAAAAAGAAAUUCAUCUUUCCCCAAGAAGCUUUAUGUGCCCUUAAGUUUUUAGAUGAUAUACACUUCAUGAAUAGUAUGCACGAACGUGUGGAAUUGGAGGGUAGCACACAAUGCAAACUAUUUGUUAAGCAUUUGCAAUUAAAGUACACAUAGUUACAAUGUGGCAUUCUAUUUGGAGUUACAGUAGCACACUUAAUCUUUUAAAAAUGAAGGAAAGUCUUCCAUCACUUAAUUAAUAAAAAUAAUCCAUACCAGAAACAGUUGACGGUUGCUUUUAGACAAAAAUAAGUUAUCAAGAAGCCCUUAAUUAUCUCUAUUGAACGUUGUCUAAUGAAAAGGUAGUCAAAACGAAAACCUUUUUGAAGUCCCUUUAAAAUAUAGCUACUGUUAUUAACUCAAUGAUAAGCCACGGAAGACAUGCAGUUUUUAAAUAUUUGUUUUGAAGUAAAUCUUCAGACUAUUCCAAAGGUUUGUCUCAAGCAAUAUAAUUGCUCGUUUCACGAACAACGGAUAAAAACGCUAGACUGUUUUGCUUUGUCAUAAAGUAUCGAAAGUUACACAGGUUUUUUUACGAAACCACCCCACUCACAAAUGUUUGCAUUCUUCACGUCUUGUUUCAAAAUGUUUCUAAUGCUUCUAAUAGGCAAAUUUGUGAUAUUUGUGAUUGAGGUAUGAGGGUAUUAUUUUAAUAAUAAUAAUUAUAAUUUAUUCAUUUAUAAAGCGCAAAUUUCGUAACAAUAUGUUUAAAUGCGCUGUACAUUAAAAUAAGUAUAAAUACAUUAACAAUACAUGUAACAGGAAUUUA